UUCUCGUCUGGUGAUCCUCCAUGAAGAAGCAGAAGAUGGCAACGCGAUGCCUGACCUGGCGAGGCCGGUGCAAGCCGUGUCUCUCGCCGUCAAUAACCUGGUCAAGGUUGGCCACGAGACCAUCGAGUCUUCAGAAGACUCGGUCCUCAGACACGACAUGCCGAGCGCACUACACCGCGUCGAGACAGCUGCCACUCUGCUGCAGCAGGCCUCCGACAUGCUGCGAGCUGAUCCUUUCUCAGGACCUGCAAGGAAGAAGCUGAUUGAAGGUUCGAGAGGAAUCUUGCAGGGCACGUCUGCGUUGCUGCUGUGUUUCGACGAGUCAGAAGUUAGGAAGAUCGUUAAGGAGUGCAAAAAGGUGCUAGAUUAUCUCGGGGUGGCGGAGGUCAUAGAUACGAUGGAAGACCUGGUUCAAUUCCUCAGAGACAUCUCGCCAGCACUCUCCAGGGCCGCCAGGGAGGUGGCAGCCCGAGCAGCGGAGUUGACCCACCCGCCGCACGCAGACACGCUAACCCGCUGCCUGGACAGCGUGAAGCAGCUCGCGCCCGUGCUCAUCUGCUCCAUGAAGAUGUACAUACACAUCCUCACUGAGGGAGGCAAAGGAAUGGAGGAGGCUGCUGAAAACAGAAACUAUCUCGCUCAAAGAAUGGCCGAUGAAAUACACGAGAUUAUUCGUGUGCUGCAACUAACCUCCUACGUGGAAGACGGUGGCGAGAAGGACAACGUGGCAGUGCUGAAGGCGUUACAGCAACAGAUACACGCCAAGAUUGGAGCUGCUCAUGAGUUCCUUAAUGACCCUGAGGCUCAGCGCAACAGUGCAGGCGAGAGAGCUAUCCGCAGUGUGCUGACAUCAUCUCAACGUGCUGCCGAACACCUGGCGCCCGAACCUGCUGAUGCUGCCAGGAGACUCGCCAGAUCUGGUGGCAUAAACGCUGACCAUCUAUGUGACGAGAGACAAUAUGGACAUGGUAGAGAACCCAAGGCAUUGAAUCUGGCGUCAGACCUGCGUCACCAGAUCAACGAGUUGGAUUCCAUCGUGAAUGAGGGAGUGAGGGCCGCUGAGAAGCAGGGCGGGAAGACCAUGCAGGCUAGGUGAGAAAUUCUUAUAUAUUU